AUGACAAACUCUGAGGACGAUGUCUACGAGAUCCCUGACCGCAGUAAUUUCCUCGCCAGGAACGUGGUGCAGGAGCUCUGGAUCGGGCUUGAGCUGCCCAUAGAGGCACUGGCUGCCCUCCAGCUCCCCGGUGAUACUGCACAGCCGAGCCUCCCAUCGUCCUUCAAGAUUGGCAUCCUUGCACAGAGCGCAAUUGCCCUCUCUGCUCUGGCCGCUGCCCAGAUUUGGGCCCUGCGCUCGCAAAGUCUUGUGCCAAGGGUCGAGGUCACGCGGAGACAUGCAGUCAUUGAGUUCAAGUCGGAGCGUCUCUACCUCCUCGAUGGCCAGCGGCCAACAUCAGAAAGUAUCCCGAUAGGAGGGCUGCAUAAGACCUCUGACGGCUACGUCCGUGUUCACGAUGGUUUCCCCAACCAUUCGAUUGGCACGCUGAAACUGGCGGGGCUCCCGGAAGGCUCAACUCGCGAGCAGCUGGCUGAGAAGCUCCGUCACUGGGCAGCUAUUGACCUUGAAACCGUCUCUUUGACGGAGCUCAAGCUUGCUAACUACGCCCUAAGGAGCUUCGAACAAUGGGACGUUUUGCCCCAGGCCAAGGCGAUCAACACAUUUCCGAUUGAGAUCUCGCUGGUUUCAACAAACGGCACCGCGGGCCUCCCAAAGAGACUGGUAAACCCGAGUCCAAUGUGCCUGAAGGGAGUUCGUGUAGUCGAGAUGUCCCGAGUUAUAGCAUCUCCUGUGGCUGGUAAGACCUUGGCUGCCCAUGGAGCAGAUGUCAUCUGGGUAACGUCACCCAAUCUUCCCGAUCUGCCUUACCUGGACCGUGAAUUUAGCCGUGGCAAGCGUACUGUUCAGCUAGAUCUAAAUGUACCCGAAGAAAGGUUAAAACUCCUGAGACUUCUCAAGAAGGCUGAUAUCUUCAUCCAAGGCUUCCGUCCGGGAGCUCUUGCAGCGUAUGGUCUGGGGCCAGAGGAUCUAGCUGGCUUGAACCCUGGGCUUGUCGUCGCCAACCUGUCAGCCUUUGGCACCCGUGGCCCUUGGUCGAAGCGACGAGGUUUCGAUUCCCUUGUCCAAACGUGCUCCGGCAUGAAUGUCUCUGAAGCUGAGCAUUACGGGCAGGGCGAGAUCGCCAGGCCUGCUCCCUGCCAGGUCCUUGACCACGCCGCAGGCUAUCUACUUGCCUCUGGGGCCAUGGCUGCACUUUACCGUAAAUUCCAUUAUGGCGGCUCGUGGCGUGUCGACGUAUCCCUAGCAGGGACUAUGAAGUACCUCCGCUCCUUGGGUCAAUAUCCAGGGUCUAGUGGGUUCAAGGUGAAAGACUUUGAUCAGCCUGAUGAUAUUCCUCUCGAAUACUACGAGCUGAGAAACUCUGAGUUCGGCAUGCUUCAGUCCAUUAAACACAGCGCUCGGAUUGAAGGUGCUGAAGUGGGAUUCACCAUUAUGCCUAAGCCCUUGGGAUCCGACAAGCCUGAGUGGCUCUGA